AUGGCAGACGACUGUUUUGUUGGCUUACUUAAGCAGCAAGAAAGAAAUACCAAACGAAAUGUUUCUCCUCUAAGAAUAACUUCCUUCUACACUUCCUCUGACAGGCAAAGCCAAGAGUCUCUAUUAGAAUCUCUUUUUCUUAAAAUUCUAUUAGAAAAAAAACUUCCGAACAGGAGAGUGGGUCUUGACACGUUACUAGAUUUCCAUACAGGUGAAAAACCUUUUUCAUGUAACAUAUGCAAUAAAAGUUUUUCCACAAGUAGUAACUUAAAUGAGCACAUUCUUUUUCAUACUGGUGAAAAACGUUAUUCUUGUAGUAUAUGUGAUAAGAGAUUUUUAAGAAAGGGUGAUUUAAGAAGACACAGCAUGGUCCAUACAAGUGAAAAACCUUUUUAA